AAACAACAUGGUGUCUCGUGACACUUGUACUGACAUGUUCACUGAGUGUCGGGAAGGACACCAGGCUCCUUUGUCAGUCAACACGAUUCCUUCUCAAGUACACGAAGACACACACACCCACACAAAUACAGUGUUUUCAAUAUCUAUAAGGACGAGGACGAAACUUAAACAGAAAUGAGUCAAUUAGUAUUGAAAGUGCUGCCUCACGAACCAGGGAAGGACAAUACACCGGAAGAUGUUCAGCUCAGAGGACCUAGUGAUACCAAGGACCUAGUGAUACCAAGGACCUAGUGAUACCAAGGACCUAGUGAUACCAAGAACCUAGUGAUACCAAGGACCUAGUGAUACCAAGGACCUAGUGAUACCAAAAACCUAGUGAUACCAAGGACCUAAUGAUACCAAGAACACGCCCGCGAGAACAACAGGAAGCUUGAGGUCGAAAGAGUCACAUUGUUUAAAGAGUCACCUACAAACGAAGCAGUUCCUUCUCAAAAUACUAAAGUUUGCGUAUACAAAGAGUGUUAAAAUGUUUUACAAAUUUGUUUAGAAUGUUUGUUAGCAUGUCGAUGUCGGUAUGACAUGCUGAUCUGUUGUACGGGUGCGCCACCUGAAGCUGAAUAACUUUCUAUAAAUAUAGGUUAACCUUUCAAAAGAAAACAGCUUGUGGAGAGAACUGUUGACAAAUAAGACCCCAUGUGACGGCACCACAGUAACCUUCACCUUACAGAGCAAGAGGUCAUAUAUUGAAUGGAAGUGAAGAUUGUGUCGGUGUGGUGGAGGAUUGUGUAAGCACAAUCACGGACUGCAAUACAGAAAAAAGAAACUGAACAUGGAGGAGGAAAGGAGAAACCUAAAUGAGUUGAGACAGGUCAAGACUGAGAUGGAAAGGUUGGGUGAAGAAAAAACUACAGUAGAUGACUGAGUGAGUAGCGUUUGUUCUCUGAGACGAUCUCAGGUGACACUUGCAGUAACAGACCAGCGACAAGACCACUGGCAACAUGUCUGGUCACCAGUCAACUGCUCAACAAAAGGCGGGCCGCCGGACAAAAUGUCGUGCACGUGGUGGAGCCAGUCAAAGGGGAGGCAACCCUGUGGAGGUUUAUCUGCACUUUGUCAAAGACAUGCAAGCUGCUCUCCUCGCUGGGUCCGGAAGUGCGAGCCCUAUUCAAGACAUCCAACACAAGUCAGGAGCCGAUGUUCAGUUGGCCCCCAACCCGUCCCCCGUACAGGACACGAAGACUGUCAUCAUCCGCGGCUCUCGUCUGCAGAUCGAGACGGCAGUCAGGCUCAUCAACCAGGAGACCGGGGUCAAGGUUCUGUGGCCCUGCGACUACAGUGAGUGUACCCUGUAUAUCUCCUCCCCGCAUGUGUAUCAAGACCCAGGGUGAGGGUGUGUCCUUCACUGGAGACUGCUAUACUGCUUUUAUUCCACUCUUUCCGGAACAAGUCCAGAGUCUGUCUAGUCGGACCACCUGGCACAGGUAAAACCGUGGUGCUGCUGCUGAAGGGGAUGGAGUGGCUGCGAUGUGGUCACCACGUCCACGUUGAGAGUACUUGUACUCAGAGUCGUGCAGCUUGUAGGAUGCUGUACUACCUUCUUCUUCAAGCUGUGAGCACACAGCAGUUGGCAGGUGUAUCACCCAAUCAGCUUCAUUUCCUUCAGCAUGACUUUUUUGUACCUGAAGGCGAGAAGAAGGCCCUUGACGACUUUGUAAAGGCUGCGAACAAAGGGUCAUUGUAUGUCCUCGCAGAUGAAGCGCAGUGGUAAGUUAAACUCCAUAAGGGGCAAUAUUGUUAGUCAUUUGAUUGGUCAUCCCUUGAUUAAUGCCAUCGACACUUCUUUCAAGGGACCACGUCGCUUGACGAGUCCUGUAACGCUAGACAAUUCGUUCCUUUACACUAUUACAGUGUGUACUCGAAAAAACUAUAAAAAUGUACUGUUUUGUAUUAAAUAUCCAACUUUUGAAACACUCACAUCUGUGCUAGGAUCGUCGAUAUCAACAUAUUCUGUGAUGAAGUGCUGAGACAAGUUCCUCUUCUUCAUCUGUGGGCGGCAAGCUAUUUCUUUAAAAACAUUCCGGCUGGAUGGCAAGUGGAAUGUUUAACCAGACCUCUCCGCUCUCCACCGGCCGUCGUCAGGGAAGUGGAGCAGGACGCAUCAUUUGUUAGAGAUGGCGCUGUCCAAGCGUACACUGAUCGUGGGGUGGCCGACCACACAGACGGCCCGCCAGUCACCACAUUUCUCCACGGACCCCAGUGUCACCAUCGUCUGUCACUAAACUGUGUCACGUGCGGUCGCGAGGUGGCCAACUUCCUAAACAAGCUUCGUCAUUGUU